GGACCGGGAGAAACCCAGGGCCAACAACGAAAGCGUCAAGUUGCGUAUGAGCUAAAGGCAAAAACAUACCUGGUGCAGCCAAACCUGCAGCUGGCGGAGUAUUUGGCAGCAGUUGAAGCGACAACGGUGCCCCAGACGGCAAAACUGGGCCAGCAGGAAGCCUUGAAGCAGAUGCCAACUCUUGACGUGGGCGUGCACAUGAGCGACAGCAUUAGAAUGUGCCUGAGCAUGAGCUUGCAGCAAAGCUUGUGCCUGGAGGGUAGCCUGUGCCUGGGCUUGCGCUUGGGAAAUCGCCUCCUGGAGGAUGGGAUCCGGGGAAAUGGACGCCUGCUGGAGGAUGGAAUCCAGGGAAGUGGACGCCCGCUGGAGGAUGGGAUGUUGGGAAAUAGACGCCUGCUGGAGGAUGGGAUUUAAGGACGGAGCAGGAUGGGCGACACCAGAGGAGACUGGGAGGGAACAAAACGGCGGCUGAAAAUUGGCCGAUGUCGAAGAAAAAGGAAACGUAAAAUUCGCCAUAACGCCCGGAGUUAUUGAAGGACGUGCGGUGGUGGGAACGACACUAGGCGUAGGCCACGGAUUCUGUGGAAGGUACGGGACAGGAAGCCAUGUACGAGACGCUAAACUUGGUGAAGCAAACGGCACGGAAGCAGACCACGAAGUCGACCCAAGACUUGGCACAACCGGCGAUGGCAAAGCGCUGGAGGCCGACGACACUGAAGGCAGCACAACAGGGAGAAGCGACGAAGUUGGCGAAGUUAAACCCGACGAUGACGAAACCAAACCCACAGAUGCAAGUGAUGUAGAAGCCGACGAAAUAACAUCACUAGUGACUGGCGAAAACGAUAAAUCCGUUCCAGAACAACUGGCCAGACUAUUAUUAGUGAGCCGAGGCAUCCAAAAUAGAAACCAAAACCGAAACGAAGCACAAGAAUCCCCAGAAAAACAAAAAUUGAAAAAUAAAUCAAGUGCACAGUGUGAGAAGCAGUAUGCAAGUGAGCACAGCCCGUGA